AUGAAUCCCUCACCUUCUCAACACUCCUCGUCGGAAGAUGAAAAUGACUCCUCCUCCUCCUCUUCCCAACCCCAACCCCAACCCCAACCCCAACCCCAGCCCCAACCCCAGCCCCAGCCCCAGCCCCAGCCCCAGCCCCAACCCCAGCCCCAACCCCAACCGCAGCCCCAGCCCCAAAGCACUCUUACUCAUACUCCAAAACCAAGCAAGAAGAAAAAGAACGGCGAGUCAAGCAGAAAACUCCUUACCGACUUUGACGCCGGGAAAGCGGCCGGGAGCCCGGCAGGAAACGCGGCCGGGAAAGUGGUUGGAAACGCGGUCGGCACUCCAACUCAUACUCCAAAACUACUCAAGAAAAAGAGCCGCCAGUCAAUUAGAAAACUCUUUACCGACUUCGACGCCGGGAACCAGACAGGAAACGCGGCCGGGAGCACGGUCGGGAACGUUCCUGGAAACGCGGCCGGAAGCACGGCAGUGAAUGCUGCUGGAAACGUAGUCAGUGAAAAGCGCGCGUUCCAGCGCAUAUGGAGUAAGAGCGAAGAGAAGGAGCUGCUGAAAGCCCUGGCAGACUUUGUCACAGCCACGGGGAUGGAUCCGUACAGAGAGGUUCACGCCUUCCACGACUUUUUGAGAGAAUCGAGUCCUUACUGUCGAGCGUGUUCGACGCUGCAGUUGAAGGAGAAAAUACGGCGAAUGAAAAAAAAGUUCACCAACGCUCUCAGAAGAAAGAGCAAGAGUCGAUCCGACUUAGAGAGCCUCCGUCUGGGCCGCAAGGUCUGGGCCGAGAAACAGACUGUGCUCACUAGUGGUUGGGAGGGUGUGGAGGGCGUGGAUGGUGACUGUAGUGUGCUUGAGAAAAGGAUUUUAGAAUGUGAAGGGGAGAAGAUGAUUAAAGCAGGGUUGAUUAAUGAGGAGAUUUGGAAGCGCGGCAUUGAGUGUUUGGAGGGGCGGAAGGUGGCGGAAUUGGCCCACAAGUGGAAGAAGCUUCGUAAGGAUGAGAUGGAACUAGUUUCUGAACAAAUUGUGGCCAUUGCGGAGGUUCUGAAAUCAUCUGACUAA